AUGCACUCCAAAAUCUUAUGGCAGAAAGUCCCGAUAGUAGUUUGUACCGGACUAAGGCGCUCAUCUAGUUCGUCAACUACGAACCAUGUCGUCCUACAUCGCACGCCGUCUGCCAAAGUAUCGCCCUUGGCGGUCUUGCCGACAAAGAGCCUCAUCUACUCCGUGUUCUUCACUUCCUUGAUGUCGUCGCCGCUGCUCAGGCCGUGUCUGGGAUUGCUCAAGUAUGUGAUUGAUUCAAAGUCCUCGUUGAUUCAUCCGUCGAGAAAUCCAGUUAUGCGCCACCUCCUGCGCACGACAAUCUACAACCACUUUUGCGCCGGAGAGAACGAAGCAGAGGUCCGCCAGUCAGUCCAGAAGAUGAAAGCCUUGGGAUAUAAGGGAGUGACCCUGGGGUACGCCCGCGAGUCCGUGGCACAGAUUGACGUUAAAGAUCCGGCGACACCCGAAGAUGCGAAGCAGGAAGCGCUAGACCGUGCCGUCGAUGAAUGGAAGGACGGUAAUCUGCGAACGCUCAGAAUGAUCGGAGUUGGCGACUGCAUGAACGUCAAGUUCACCGGAGCGGGCCCAAGUGCGGUCGAUGCUCUCACUCGAGGCGAUCCGAUCCCACCACCGCGAAUGCAGGCAGCGAUUCUUGAGAUCUGUGCAACGGCUGCGGCGCAGGGAUCACGGCUAUGGAUCGAUGCAGAGCAGCAGGUUUUCCAAUCGGCCAUUGACAACUGGACUAUUGAUUUAAUGAGGCAAUUCAACCACCAGGACAAGGUGGUCGUCUUCAACACCAUCCAGGCGUAUCUCAAGGCAUCGACGGAGAACGUUAGCCGGCACCUUAAACUGGCACAAACAGAAGGAUGGGCGCUUGGGAUCAAGCUGGUUCGAGGUGCCUACAUCGCCCACGAUUAUCGGUCGCGAAUCCAUGACACCAAAGCCGAGACAGAUGCCAACUACAACCACAUUGUACAAUCCUUGCUCACGCGACAGUAUCCCACGGGCGAAUCGCACGUAUUUCCCAAAGUCGAGUUGUUUGUUGCGUCGCAUAACGCGGAAAGCGUGCGAAAGGCCUAUUCGCUGUCGCGACACCGGCUGCAGAACAGGUUUCCGACAAUUCCUGUCGAGUUGGUGCAGCUGCAGGGAAUGGCAGACGAGCUAAGCUGCGAGUUGCUUGCAUACAAUUCGAACGACGUCGACGAGGUCAAGGCCCUCGAGGUUGCGCUGCCAGGGGGUUUCAAGUGCCUUGCGUGGGGAUCACUGGAGGAGUGCCUUCAUUUUCUCCUGCGUCGAGCGAUUGAAAACCAGUCCGCCAUGGAACGAACACGAGACACGGCCAUUGCGCUGCGGAAGGAAGCAUGGAGGCGCAUGCGGUCUUCGUGA